UAAAAGUUCGACAUGGCACCAAUUAUCAGGAAGCUGCGAAAAAGAGUGAAAGGAGCUGAAGCAUUCGAAGUGGCAAAAAUAAAAAAUAAGUACGAGUGCGAAAUGUGCGACGAACGUUUUGUGUCUCUAUAUCUACUUGACAUUCAUCGAAAAAGACACUUGAAUUCGAAUUUGAAGAAUUCGUUUGUGGCAACUGCAGCAAAACGUUUAUCACAGAGAGUAAUCUGACAAGUCAUCAGUUGACCCAUUCCGAUGAGAGAAAUUUUGCGUGUGUACUUUGUGGGGUAAAGUGUAAAAGAAAUGGUGAUCUCCUUCGGCACAUGAGGGCACAACAUCCCGGAUCCAGCCAGAUUAAAAAAACAAUGAUUAGGCGGCAAAAGUCGUACGACAAUUUCGAAGUACAGACUAUUGAUGGUGAAUUGGUGUCGACGUGCAUAACUUGCAGAUUCGUGGCGUGUAAUCAGAUGUCCAUGCAAACUCAUACAAGGAGAGGACACGUCGCCAUUCCCACACAAGUUUACGCAGAACGUGAUGGUUGCAAAAUUGUUCCGAGAGAAUUCAGACCUCAAGACUACUAUGAGAGUAAUGGCGGCUUACACAAGAUGAUAAUCAAAAUUUGGAUGAAGGACAACACGAUCGGUCUGAGUAUAAGUAAAACUACGUAUGGAGACGAGGUUCUUGCCGCCCAGAAAAACAAAAAUGACAUGAAGAGUGCCGGGCGUAACAACACCACCAUGCUGAAGAAGGCUUGCUCGUCGAGGGUCCUCCUCCCAGAAGGUUAUGAGGUUGUUUGUGAAAAAACAAGAGUCGUCCCCAUCCACCCUUUUCAAGGAUCUUUGUGUAGUUCCAACGGGAAGUGGACAGUUCGCAACAUUCUUCAAAAAGUGUGCGUGGACACGUUUAUGCCCCCAGAAGCUCUCACGUAUUUUGAAGAAGAUGAACUCGCCAUCAUCAUCAAAGCUGUGGAAGAGUUGAAGAACUCUUUGAUUAUUGGGGAACGUGAACUAGUCUUCAUAGACGAAACAGAGGAAGGAGAUCGACCACUGGGCGACCCUAUUCUCAGGGCAAAGAUUGAAGAAGGGACCUCCAGAAUUUGCAAAUUGGAGGAAGAGCUGUAUCAGGCCUCGCUGCGUGAAGAAAAAUUGCUCAAGGAGUUGGAGGAUGAGAAACUUAGUCACAACGAGACAAAAAAAAGUUGACGGUGGUGAAACGAGAACGAGCUUUGUUGCUGCGUGCAAAUUCUGAAAAGAGGAAUUCUGACCGUGUACCCCUCUCAAACGCCACCAACUCGCCGGUGAAGAGGAUGAAAUGACAUAAUUUCUUGAAAUUAUCAUUUUUUUUGUGUUCAAUCAUUAGACAUACAUAAAUUAAAGCAUACAAAUAAAUUGAAAUAAAUAAUGA